AUGGCUGCUCCUGUUGUGACCGUGUCCGAGAGCAAAGAGCUCCGUGGGCUCAACCUCAUCGCAGCUCACUCACAUAUCCGUGGCCUAGGCGUCGAUGCCGAUACCCUCGAGCCGCGCGCUGCUUCGCAGGGCCUUGUCGGCCAGGCGAAGGCGCGCAAAGCUGCCGCAGUGAUUCUCGAGAUGAUCAAACAAGGGAAGAUAGCUGGGCGGGCUGUAUUGAUUGCUGGGCCCCCAAGCACCGGAAAGACCGCUAUCGCAAUGGGCAUGGCUCAGUCUCUCGGCCCCGACGUUCCCUUCACCUCCCUUGCCUCGUCCGAGAUCUACUCGCUAGAAAUGUCCAAGACAGAAGCCUUGACGCAGGCAUUCCGGAAAUCCAUCGGUGUGCGCAUUAAGGAGGAGAGCGAGAUCAUGGAAGGAGAGGUCGUCGAGAUUCAGAUUGACCGCAGUGUCACGGGUGGCGCAAAGCAGGGAAAGCUCACAAUCAAAACCACCGAUAUGGAGGCCAUCUACGACAUGGGUAGCAAGAUGAUUGACGCCAUGACAAAGGAGAGAGUAAUGGCCGGCGACAUCAUCUCUAUUGACAAGUCGUCAGGCAAGAUCACAAAACUGGGUCGGUCAUAUGCAAGAUCUCGCGACUACGAUGCCAUGGGUGUCGACACCAAGUUCUUGCAGUGUCCUGACGGCGAGCUUCAGAAGCGGAAAGAGGUCGUCCACACAGUUACCCUACAUGAGAUCGAUGUCAUCAACUCAAGAACACAGGGGUUCCUCGCGCUUUUCUCUGGCGACACCGGCGAGAUCCGUAGUGAAAUUCGGGACCAGAUCAACACCAAGGUUGGUGAGUGGAAGGAGGAAGGCAAGGCCGAGAUCGUUCCGGGUGUUCUGUUCAUCGAUGAGGUUCACAUGUUGGAUAUUGAGUGCUUCUCAUACAUCAACAGAGCACUCGAAGAUGACCUGGCUCCCAUUGUCAUUAUGGCCAGCAACCGUGGCCAGUCACGUAUUCGAGGCACCGAUUACAAGAGCCCUCAUGGUCUGCCUCUAGACUUCCUUGAUCGCAUUUCCAUCAUCACUACGCAAGCGUAUGGACAAGAUGAGAUCCAGCAGAUUCUGUCCAUUCGGGCACAAGAAGAGGAAGUUGACUUGUCUCCCGAUGCCCUUGCCCUCUUGACCAAAAUUGGACAGGAGACUGGUCUUCGGUAUGCAAGCAACCUGAUCACUACUUCACAGCUUGUGUCAGCGAAACGACGCGUCAAGCAAGUCGGUGUUGAGGACGUUCAACGCAGCUUCAAGCUGUUUUACGAUCCGUCCCGGAGUGUCAGCUUCGUUGCAGCUUCUGAGAAGCGUCUCAUCGGCAACGAUGGAGCCGUAGACUUCGCAGUGACCAAUGGUCAGAACGGAGACAAGAUGGAUGUAAGCUAA